UUAUUAGUCUAGUUAUGUUAGACUGAAUCUAGGGAAGGUUGCUAACGUUUGAUGACGGUAACGUUAGCUUGCUAACAAGCUAACGUUAACCAACUUAGCUAAUUAGUCAGUGGUAUGGAAUGCAUAAAAAGUCUCAAGACUUGGACCGUAUUUAUUCAUUCAUUUACGUCAUUCACACAGCAUGCACUUAGACUUGUGGCUAGCGUCAACAAAGAUAAAAUGAUUAAAAGUUUCUAUUUGUGUCUUGUUUUUAACGUGCUGCUCCCUGUACGGCUGCCGUACCCCUGGAGUACCGUUGUCUUGGAAACGGUAUACAAUACUCUUGGAGGAGUUGUUUGUUGCCGCAGUAAAACUUUGACUGCUGCUAAUCGCCAACUUAGUUUAAAAAAGCAUUUAAAAUAAUAUACACUGAAUUAGAAUCAGCUUGUCAAUAUGAUUCCGUCAGCCGAUUCACUACUGAAAUACGACACCCCAGUUCUGGUAACCAGAAACACUGAGAAGAAGUCUCCAAAGGCUCGUUCUCUGAGAGUGAGCCCCCUCCAGCCGGCCUCGACCGCCCCCGUGCCCCCCCCGCCGAAACCCAAGAGCCCCACGGGAGAUGGCAGCAAACAGCAGAUGGAGGAGAUACUCAACGCCAUGCUUCCGCCAAGGGAGUGGAUGGAUAACAGCCAGCUGUGGGUGCAGCAGGUGUCGUGCACGCCCUGCACGCGCAUGGACGUGGUGAAGCUGCAGGAGCUGCUGGACCUGAAGCUGCAGCAGAGGCAGGCGCGGGAGACGGGGAUAUGCCCGGUGCGCCGCGAGCUGUACACGCAGUGCUUCGACGAGCUGAUCAGACAGGUGACCAUCAGCUGUUCGGAGAGGGGUCUGCUGUUGCUACGGGUACGAGACGAGAUACGCAUGACCAUCGCGGCCUACCAGACCCUGUACGAGAGCAGCGUGGCCUUCGGCAUGAGGAAGGCCCUGCAGGCCGAGCAGGGCAAGGCUGACCUGGAGAAGAAGAUACUGGAGUUGGAGAGCGAGAAGAAGGACCUGGAGCGGCAGGUGAACGAGCAGAAGGCCAAGUGCGAGGCCAUCGAGAGGCGGGAGACGGAGAGACGGCAGGUGGAGGAGAAGAAGCACACGGAGGAGAUCCAGUUCCUCAAACGCACCAACCAGCAGCUCAAGGCCCAACUGGAGGGCAUCGUCGCCCCAAAGAAGUGACCCCAGGACUUCACCAAGGCAUAUUCCAUCGUUUUAUACUGUUUUUACAAACAUCCUCACAUUAAAGGACUCAGCGUCCAUUUUAUACAUUUUUACUGAAACGAUACCCUACAGACAUCAGAAAAACGAAGCAAAAAUUGCACUAUUUGUGUCUUUUUAUCCACAGAAUGGAAGCUCAGUUUAUAACACCAUUUCAAGCGCUCUGCAAAAUGGCAGUUCCUGUUCUGCUAAACGUCAAUUGUCCGAAUUUGGCCUGCCAGGAUUAAAUUGUUGAGAUAAAAAUGUUCUUUUUUCCAUGCUAUUUUCAGCAUAUAUUUUCUGUUCAUCACUGUUUUUUUUCCUUCAAAAUGACUCUUGGACCAAUGACGUUCUUAUAUAAAGAUUCCAAGGGAAAUGAUAACUUUGUUAAAUGACUCAACUUUAACAAAAAAGUAUGUUUGUUAACUAUGUUUGCAAAAAUCAUUUUAACAGUUUAAAUAUGCAAAUCACACUAAUAAGUUUUCUCACUGUAGUUGUUACACAAGCCUAGUUAAUGGGCAUUAACAAGGAAUUUACUAAAUAAGUUUUUAGUCUCAUAUCUCUACUGUUUAUUUAGGAUUUAUGAAUGCAUAAAUGUAUGUAAUAUCUGUUAAUUAUUUAAGAGCCAUAAGUUGUUCCCUGCAUGGUAUCAUAACCAAAAAUAUUUUCUCUUCUAAGUCUGGGACAC